GGCGAGGGUGUGCGUGGCGCGUGUGGCCGCAGCGGGGGCGGGGGCUCCCUGUCUUGGCUUCCGCACCAGUCGGCGAACGCAGUACUCAAUCAAUCCUCCUCCUCCUCCUCCGUAGCCGUUUUGGCUCAGGGGCGUGCCGCCGGGCGCGCGCCCGCCCUUGCGCCGUGCCCCUCCUCCCUCGUCCCCCUCCCUCCUCCUCGUCCUUUCCCUCCUCCCCUUUGCUCCCCUGCGCCCGAUGGCAGCGUCGCCGUCGGCGCCGCCGCGGCAGCCGCGCCGCGGCGGCGCCCCAGAGGGCCAGCCGCCUGCCGCUGCGGCCGACGGCGCCUCCUGCGGCAGGCUCUGCGGGCGGCUCGGGGCGCGGUGGGCCUCGGGCUGGCGGCGCCCGCACCCGCCGGGGGCGCGGCGACGCAGGUGGCUCGCGGCGUGGGCCGUGCUGCCGCGGCGCGGGGGGGCGAUGGUGUACAACGUCAGCUUCGAGACCCACGGCCAGUGGACCUUCCUGGCCCACGAGGAGGGGCUCAUGGGCAACGGGCUGGCCCCCAACGCGACGAUCGCCAUAGACCUCGUGAACGAGCAGCCUGCCGACGACGUUUACGUCAUGGUUCUCACCCAGACGCAGUAUGUGUUGUGGAGGCCGUGGUGGCAGUCGCAGGUGCAGGAGCAGCAGACUCACGAGAUGUACGGCACGCCCCUCAAGACCAACCCGAAUAGGCUGGUGGGAUUUGGUGAGUCAUUGGCGCGGCGUCCUGUACGACAGGUUGCAGGCGUCCUUCAAGAUCGACGCUCCAACCAAGGACCGCUACUUGGUGUUGGUCAUGAACACGCGCCGGAGGCUGCUGAAGCUGUCGGGGACCGUCAGCCUGCUGAACCCAGGCGGCGAGCAGCUGGUGCUGCAGUGGAGGAAGGUGCCCGAGGUGUUGCUGUGGACUUCGGCGCUGUUCUUCGGGAGCUGUCUGCUCUUCGCCGGUCUGCUCGCCACCGCCACGCGCAGGGGGCGCAACGCGAUGCACGUGGUGAUAGCGUCAGUAUUGUUAUUGAAAGGCCUCGUCCUGCUGCUCAAGUGGAGCAACAGGGUGCAGGUGUCGCGCCUGGGCUACGACUCCACCGUGGGCCAGCUGAGCUGGCAGCUGCUCGAGAAGGUUCAGACCAUCAUGGAACUCAUGAUGUUUCUGCUGAUCGCCCUCGGGUGGAAGCUCCUCCGCGGCAGCCUGAACAUCACCGAGAUGAGAUUCGCGGGCGGCAUCUCGGUGAUCUCUUUCUACCUCGGCGUCUUCGAGGUCGCGUGCACAACGCAGUCCACGUGUAGCGGCUACACGCUCAGCCGCUACAUCUUGCACGCGUUGUGUUACCUCGUGGUGAUAGUCGCGAUGAACUUCAACCUGCAGAUGAUCGCCGCGCAGAUCAGCGACUCCACCGCGAGCAUGGACUCCGGGAAGUUGUACAGGAAACACCACGCUUACCAGGUCUUCCGUUGGGUAUUCUUGGCGUUCAUCAUCUCACCAACCGUGGAGCUCUUCCUGAAGGUCACGGUGGUGCCGUGGGACGCCAUGUGGCUUCAUUGGUUGGUGGUCGAGCUGCGGACCUGGAUGAUCUACACCUGCGUGGUCCUCACGUUCCGGCCGGAGCCCCCCGCCCCGCGCGUGUUCGAGUUGACGCAGACCGGCAGCGACGACGAGGCGGAGGGCGUGCCCGUCCCCGCCGGCGCCGGCACGACGGAGUGACGCGCGCAGUUUGCCCGCGGCCGCGGUCGCGGCAGCGGCGGGCGCGCGUCGCCCGCCGGCCGCCCGCGGGGCCAGCGCGGCGCCCUGGGGUCCGCGCGGCUGCGGCCCGGGCAGGGCCCGCAGAGGAUCGGGGGGGCCUGUCCAUCCCCGAAUAUUCUCGAUGCGUGGAUCACGUCGCAAUCGCAACCACGGAGGUGUCUUUCUUUGCUUGCACCCCAUCCGAAGAAGCCGUGGACCUGUCUCACCUACACCGCCUGUGUGGUUCAAUCGACAGUAGUAGUUGUUGUCAGUGCUGUGCUCCUGACGCGGUGGCGGAACAAAAGAA